AAACAAAUUUUAUUGAAUAUGAGAAGUGGGAACGGGACGGUGUAAAUCAAGAAACAAGACAAGAAAACAGUCUGAUACAAGAUGGAUUAACAUAGCAUCACAACUCUUAAAAACCGAUCAUCAUGUCUCAGAUUACAAAGCAAGACUUAAGAGAAUUUUUACGGAUAAUUUUUAUAUGCAUCUGCUGGUAUAUUGUCAGCUCAAGUAAUGGAGUGCUAGGAAAGAUGAUACUAUCCCAGUUCCCCUAUCCCAUGACCGUAACAAUGGUUCAGCUCACAUCUAUAGCAGUCUGGUCAGUUCCUAUGCUAAAGGUUUUAGAUGUGAGACAGUACGAGUCUUCUACCUGGAGCUAUCAUAAAAAGAUGUUAAUUCCUUUAGCCCUAGGCAAAUUCUUAUCCAGUGUUCUCGCGCAUAUUUCCAUUUGGAAGGUUCCUGUUUCGUAUGCGCACACAGUCAAAGCAUCCAUGCCAAUAUUUACAGUAUUAAUUUCUAGAAUAUUAUUAGGAGAGACGCACAGCUACUCCCUUUACUUGUCACUUCUACCAAUAGUGUUUGGAGUGGCAGUUGCCACAGUAACAGAAAUAUCAUUUGAUAUAAUUGGACUAGGGAGUGCGUUAGCUGCUACUGCAGGAUUUUCUUUGAUGAACAUCUUCAGCAAACAAGCCCUGAAAGAAACCGGUAUGCAUCAUCUCCGUUUAUUACACAAGCUUGGGCAGAUGGCAGCACUUCUUUUCUUUCCUGUUUGGCUUCUGGUUGACCUGCCAAGGCUAGGAGCUGAGUUUAAUACAGAGAUACUUGGUUUGUUACUAGUUGAUGGUAUCCUUCAUUGGCUGCAAAACAUCAUGGCUUUCACCUUACUCAAGUUGGUAGUUCCGUUGACGUAUGCUGUUGCAAAUGUAACUAAACGUAUCUCUGUGAUAACUGUCUCGCUACUGCUUCUGAAGAACCCGGUCAACCUCACCAACGUGGGAGGAAUGCUCCUCGCUAUUUCAGGUAAAGACCCCUACGUGGUACACGUGUGUAUAAUGUAUAUUUUCCUANUAAAAACCAUAAACCUUCCCUUGGGGGUGGAGGUUAAAAACCAUAAACCUUCCCUUGGGGGUGGAGGUUAA